AUGCGCCAAAGUAACAAAGAAAUUAUUACGUGGAAUAAAAAUAGUGAAACAUUAUAUAGUAUUAGAAGUAAAAAGGCAAAACACAAAAAUUAUGAUGAAAUAGGUCGACAUAUGGUAGAGUGUAGUAGUUUGCAGAAUAGUAAUGAGAAUACUAAUUCACCAUUUUUGAUUGAUUGUAAAGGCUGUGCAAGAAAUAUUAGUAGAAGAAGAAGCGCAAGUGUUAAAUGCUUGAUUUAUAUUGAAAAAGAAGUAGCGGUAAUGAUAAAGAGUAGAUGGGAAAAAGAGGCAGAGGGUGGCGAAAGAUAUAUUAAACCGUAUAUGACUUUAGAAAAUAUCAUUAAAAGGAACGACAUCGUUAUUGAAGACAAUUUAAGUAAUUUAAAGAGUGAAAAUAUAGAUGAAAUGGCGAUAGAUAGUGAUAUUGAUGAAAUGGUACACAACUCACGAAGGUGGCUAGAUUAUAUGAUAGAAAAGGAAGGGAUAUAUAAUAUAUUAAAUAACUUUAUAACGGUUAAUUUACGAAAUUUUAUUGAUAAAGAAAUCAUAUUGCAAAUAGGUGGUGUAAUACAAAAAGGUUCAGAUGUUAGUUUAGAUGGUUUUUUUGCCAUAGAAAUUUUUCCAAAAAAAAGUAAUAUUGAGAAAUUUUGUGUUGAAGGAAGAGUUAAAAAUAUUAGAUAUGAGCGCAAAAUUUAUAUUAUUGCAUUGAUUGUAGCUAUAAUAAUUUUACCAUGUAAUAUUAUAAUAGAUUUACAAACAGAUUUAGGUAUAGUAGCGUGGUUGUAUAAGUAUAGUAAAGUGGGAAGUAUAAGGAGAGAUUUGGAUGAUCCUAAUUACAUAUAUUUAAUUUGCGUUAACGAAAUAUUAGAAUUAAAGAAUAUAAAAUUAAAAGUAGUUAAUGAGAUGGAACAUAUACAAGUAGCGACGCAGGAGUUUAAAUUACCAGCACUUAAACGUGAAUUGAUAAAAGGUAAAACUAGUAUUCCGGAGGUGGUGUUGAAAAUUAAUAAUAUUCUUAUUGAUGAAUAUGUUUUAAGAUGGAAUAAUAAACCUAUAGAAGGAGCAUAUAGGCACUGGUUCAAAAAAAUAAGUAAUAAUAUCAACCGAAUAGAUGUGAUAUUAUUAGACUACGUAAAAGAUUGCUUUAUUAAUAGUAACGGAGCAAAUGUGACUAUUGAUUGGAAAAAAUCAUUUAGGCUUAUUAACAAUGAAAUAUCAACACCCAGAAAUAUAACAAGUAGAGUUGAUGCUUCGAUUAGAACCUUUAGAGUUAAAAAUUUUUUUAAGAUUUUACCGACAUAUGAAAUAUUAUGGAAUAGAAAAGUGUGGGGUAUUAAGAGCAUAAAAUGUCCUCGUUGUAUGAUCGAAGAUGAAACAUGGGAUCAUAUUUGGAUUUGUACGAAGAAUGACGUUAAUAAUUCAGAAUACGUAUUAUUUAAGGAAUCUGUAUCGGAGGUGAUUUCUAGUGUAAUGGUAACGGAUAAAGACGAGAACCUUGUCAAAGAAUUUGAAAGAAACUUAUUUGACAUAGCAUCAACAAGAUCAAAAUUGAUGACGACAGAAAACUUGUUGCGAGAAGUGACUAGAGAUCUAAAAAGGAAGAAGCGGGAAGAGGAAUUAGAUGAAAUGAUAGAGGAAAGUAUUUUAGAAAAUAUAGAAAACCGAAAAAACAAGAAAAAAAUUAAAAAACUUACAAAAAUAGAUUUAGAAGAAAAUGUGAAAAACGACGUAUUUAGUUUAGGAAAAUCAGAUAGAAAUAGAUUAGGGAACAGAAUAAUUAGUAAUUUAGUCAAUACAUAA